AUGGAAAAGGAUUUCCCUGAACAUUACGUCACUUGGGUUAUGCAUGGGGAAUUAAAUGUUUUGCCUAAUUCCAGAAACAUAGAGGUCAUUCAAGAUGCGCCACCUUUUGUUAAUCUUAUUGACUUGUUGAUUAAUGAAGUAUUCGGGGGUUUAAGGCAUGAGGGUGUAAAUACAGGUCCAUCACAAGUAGCAGGAGAAGAAGAAACUUUGCAUGAUUUGUCUGAUUCAAAUAACAAAGAUUAUUUUGAAUUGCUUAAAGAGGGGAGUGAAGAUUUGUAUGAAGGAUCCAAGUACUCAAAGUUGAAAUUUUUAUUAAAGCUUUAUCACAUAAAGUGCUUGUUUGGGUUAAGUGAUAAGGGAAUGACUAUGGUGCUAGAUCUACUCAGAGAUGCAUUUAAAUUUGUAAAGAUCCCUAUAUCUUUUUAUGAGGCUAAGAAAAUCAUUAAUAAGUUGUGUCUUGAUUAUAUCAAGAUAGAUGCUUGUCCAAAUGAUUGCAUGUUGUACUGGGAAGAUGAUAUUAAUGCAGAAUCAUGUAAGCAUUGUCACACUUCUAGAUGGAAGCCCGAGAAGGAUAACGAUCUUAAUCAUGUUCCUAGUACAAAGUAUAUGAGAUGGCAUGCAGAGGAUGAUAACAAAGAUGGGAACUUAAGGCACCCUCGAGAUGGACUAGCUAUUGAUGGUUUCAAUCCUUUUGGAGCAACGAGUACUAACUAUAGCAUUUAUUCGGUGAUUUUGUUUCCAUACAAUCUUCCUCCUUGGUUGUGUAUGAAGCAAUCAAAUUUUAUCCUAAUGAUCAUUCCAGGUCCAUGUAUAGUAGGGAAUAACAUAGAUGUAUAUCUACAAUCACUUAUUAAGGAGUUGAAUGAGUUAUGGAGUGAAGAUGUAGAUACUUUUGAUUCAUCAAAGAAUGAAAUGUUCAAAAUACAAGCAACUCUUGUGUGGACAAUUAGUGAUUUUCCUAGACUUGAUAGCUUAUCUGGUUGGAACAUGCAUACUGGGCUUGCAUGUCCUUCUUGUAAUUUUAAUGCAGAACCUUGUCAACUUCGUCAUAGUAGAAAGUGGUGUUUUAUUGGCCACCGUCAAUUCUUGUCAAGAAAUUAUAAAUUUAGACUAAUGAGACAUCGUUUUGAUAGAAAUAUGGAAGAGAGGACCCCGCCAAAGAAGUUAUCUGGGUCGAAAAUUUUACAGCAGGUGAAAGAUAUCAAUGUCACAUUUGGAAGACAAUCAGAGUUGCAGAAAAGAAAAAGAAAAAAGAAUGUUGGGGAAAAUGCAACUCAACAAUGGAAUAAGAGAAUCAUAUUCUUUCAUCUUCCAUAUUGGGAGUUUAACCCGUUUCCCCAUAAUUUAGAUCCGAUGUAUAUUGAAAAGAAUAUUUUUGACAAUGUUAUAUUCACUUUGUUAAAUGAUAAAGAAAAGUCAAAGGAUCAUGUUAAGGCCCGAAAAGAUCUACAAGAUAUGGGCAUAAGACAUGAUCUUUGGGUCGAUGAGAAUGAUGAGUGUAAAUUUGAUGCAUUUCAGCUGUUACCUCUUGCAAUUCGCAAUGUGCUUCCAAGACAGGUUGUUGCAGCUUUGGUUGAGUUUUCUUCCCUUUUUAGGCAGCUUUGUUUGAAAAGUUUAAGCCCUGUAGACUUAGACAAGCUACAAAAUCGAAUUGUGAAAACUCUUUGCCAUUUAGAGAUUUUGUUUCCUCCUUCACUUUUUACUGUAAUGAUUCAUCUAACUAUUUAUCUAGUUGAUGAGGUAAAAAAGGUGGCUUGGUACAUUAUCGUUGGAUUUAUUUUGUCGAAAGGGAACAAAUCACAAUCAGAAGGUUCCAUAGCUGAAAGUUACAUAGUUGAAGAAGCUCUUACUUUUUAUGCUCGUUAUUUUGAGGAAAUUGAGACAAGGUUAAAUCGAUCUAAACGUGUAAAUGAUGAACCAAGCCAAAAUGAGGCUUAUGAAAAGUCAAGUAUGUUCCCUCAACAAGGUAAGCAUGUUGGAGGCUUCAUAACAGAACCACUGACUCAUUUGGAGGAAACACAAGCUCAUCGAUAUGUGUUACUUAAUUGUGCGGUCGUGAAGCCAUUUAUUGAGUAA